AUGACUAGUCUGCAUCUUAUCAUGGACAUGAACGUUGAUAAGGAGGAGUCCCAGGCGAAUAAAAGAGAUGGACCCUCCUCAACACCAAACACUAGACGGAACCGAGAUUUCUCAGCCUCAGACUAUAAUAACCCUGAGGAACAGCAAGAGACACUAAGCACAUCAACUAAGCAAAGGCGUGUUGCCCCAGGACGGAAUAGCAAAUCAUCAACAACUGUUGCGGCAGGAUCAUCAACAACGGUGCCGUCGUCGAGCUCCACUGCUCGGCCCGUUCCCGCUCGUGGAACUAGCAAUACUAGUAACGAAGAAAUGCACCGUUAUGGAAGCCACGCCUCGGGCUCGGGAUCUGGAGGAGGAGAGCAGCCCAAUCGACCUAUGGGGAACGUGCCGGGGGAGGUUCCUAUCAAGUUGACGCCGAUUACUGGGCGUGUGAGCCGGGCUAAGAAGGGACAGCCGGUCCAUACGUGCGAAAUUUGUAGACCACCAAAGACCUUCACAAGAGCAGAGCAUCUCAGGCGUCACCAACUUAGUCACCAAACACCUCAGUUUCCUUGUAACUAUCCUGGUUGUGAUAAGGCUUUUCACAGAGCAGACUUGCUUGCUCGUCACGCCACACGACAUGAGCAAGAAGGUUCGUCAAGAGACACCACAGGCGAUAACAGCCGACGAACAUCAACGACCUCGGUAAGUGGCAGCUAUGAUAUGGGCCAGGGUCGGACAUCAUCUCAAGGUCCAAUGUCACAACAGCAUGAUGUGACAUCAAACCCUGGGUCGAACUACGGCGGUAACACUCCGUAUCACCAGUACAACACUGGUGGCGGCCCGCCAAUGUCUCCUCCGCAACCACCUGGUCGCCGCGAGAGUUAUACGUCGAACUCUAGCGGACCUGCUGGUGGCUACACUCACACUCCUCAAAUCGCUAUCAACCAACCCCCAAACAUGGAGGACUCUCCUGGAGGGAUGAGCUACGAGCAUCUGGCAAACUUCCAAUCUCCUAGGACAACGCCUCACAAUGGACUCCUUAUUGUCACCACAGGGCUUGGGGUUGAGGCGCCAGGUCUCCUUGCACCCGACCAUUCUCCAUGGGCAUCAUCCGAAAGCAACUUCUCAACGCCAUCUGAUAACAGCCGUAGAAGGCUUCACAUGCCAGAUUACUCGUCACCUACAUCAGGAGCAGAGUGGGCUGUCAACAGUUAUGUCACAGCUUACACGCCAACGUCACAGGACAUCCACAGUCCUCAUAUGGAUGUCAUGACUACCUCUGCCCCAUACUUCCACAACCCUUGGGGCACCCCUUCCUAUUCUACUUCCAUCAUGGAUCCAUCAAUGCCUAGUUACAGUGAGGACUAUCACUAUUUCAGCCAUCCCCAAUCCCAUUUUCCUUCUGUUCGUAGUCCAACCCCACCGAACAACUCAUCGUCCGUACAAUCAGCUGAAUCUUUAGUCACCAUCGCUCCAGCACCGCCACAGGUGGUAGGGGGCCGCUUCAAGGGACAGGCUGCUCCUAUGGUGAAUUUCUCCGGAGCGGCCUUCCUUACUGCGGUCACGCUGCCAAAAGCUGCCCGUGAUGCAAUACCGCAUCUUCUCGAAGUAUACUGGAAGCGCUUCGACAACCUUUUCCCUCUUGUUCACCGCCGGAAAUUUGAGCUCGCGCCUGACGAGUUACUGCGCACGGCCAUGGCUGCCGUGGGCUCGCAGUUUCUUGAAGGUAGGGAGGAUCGUGUUCGAGGCAACCAACUGCAUGAGUGGGCAUGGCAAGAAGUGAAACGGUCCCAGAUCCUUCAGUGGAACGUUUCCACCAUGCAGACGAUCCUCCUGUGUGAAAUCUUUGCCCGGUUUAGAGGAAAAAAGGUCGCAAUCAAACCGUCGGAGCCCUUCCGGUCGCUAUACUCGAGAGUUGACACCAUCACUCAUCCGGACCCUGACACUUCUUUUGGAUCUACGACUUCUACCAGGGGACCAACUGCCGUAACCGCUGCGGCACGAUGGGCCCAAUGGAUAGAGGAAGAGGCUCGCCGCCGCCUUCUGGCUGCUUGCUUCGUACUUGAUGUUCACACAUCCGUGUAUUAUGAUUUACCCCUAUCACAACGUUUCGUCAAACCUUGCCCGCCAAUCCCAUUGAUCGCCGCCAGCGAACGCCUCUGGAACGCAACACCGAAGGAGUGGGAAACCCUGAUCAGUGCGCAGCCAGCUACUUUGGAACCUGUUGUUCUCUCUGAAGACAUCAUCUCUCAGGAUAGAAUCGCCAGAUCACCUGCCCUGGACCAGGCUGUAUUUCUUGCUUCUGAAGCCCUUCGAAUUCCGACGUGGUCUGUUGAGUUCACUGAUCUUACAGAGUCGCCAGACUUGAGACAUGUGGACCGGAUUCUAACCCUCUUCCCUGGAUCUGGAGUAGGGUACACCUAUGCGGCACUACACUUCACACCACUACACGAUCUUCUCGCAGUGUCUGGUGAUUCUUGGCUCUUCUCACAGAAGGUCCUGGAAGGCAAGGCAUUUGUCCAACAUCAGAAAACCCUUAAACAAUGGAGCGGCAGUCUUCACGCUGCAACCGCAACAAGAUUCGCAGCCCAGGCGCUCGUCGCUUUUUUAACUACUAAUGAUAAUGAUACCAUGUUCUCUUCAGACUCAAAGAGAAAGUGGAACAUGGCCGAUAUUUCGGACUACUGGGCCAUCUACGUCUGUGCCCUCAUUUGUUGGGCACUAGGUCAUCGAGGUACCAAUACGACAACAUCAAUUUCUGGGCCCUCGAGUUCACGAGGAGGCGGAAAUAAUAACGAUAACGAUAAUGCUAAUUACACGGAACGGGAAGGCGAGAUUGAAGCCUUGGGCUGGCUGCACCUUGUCGGCGGCCUGGCAAACCCUCAGGACGUUGUGUCACACGUUAGCCUCCAUGGCCGCAGUGUCAUCAUUGGUGUCGUGGCCAUGGUUAGGAGACGUCUUGAGGGCGAGGCGCUCGGCACACGCAAUCGCCUUCUGGUGGAUGCCGUCGGAGUUCUAAAAAAGCUGGAGGAAGGUAUGAACUGGAAGUGGUUCUAA